UCUGCUACCAAGAUGUCUGCAAUAGUACGUUUCCCAGAAAAACCAUACAAGCGGUAUUGGGUCGCAAAAGUUUACGACGAUGAAGUGGCAAAUAAACAGGUUUUCAGUGUUCUAAAUCCUAAAUGGUGUCAGCCAGAAAUAUUGAAAUGCCAGUUUCCUGCUGAUAUGAAAGUUAGUGAACAAGUGAAACAACGUGGUGAGAGCAUGAAGCCAGCGGAAUCGGAUUGGAUAACUUUCUCAUAUGUGUAUUUCUCUCAAACUGAUGAUAUUAAAUCUGCAUAUCGGCGAGUUGAACGACUGAGUAAAGGAGAAACGUUUGAAGAAUCUGAGCAAGUAAAGCGUUUGAGAAUAGCGAAUAAAAAGUAUGCUGAUGAUUACGAAAUCGGGGAAUUUUCAAAAUCUAGUGAGAAAGCUCUAUCGCAAGAAUCGACCAGGACUACGCCGCCCUCAGUGAAAAAGUCGUUAGCCAAGAAGCCCACACAACAAAACAUUUCAAAUUUCCCAUCUAUACCGAAUAGUAGUGUCCCCGAAGUAUCCGGAAAACGUGGGGUGGAUAGAGGCAAAUCUUUGAAAGCUGUCAUUCAAACGGCCACAGUCAGCACUGUUUCAAAUUCCGAAUCAUUAGAGAAAGAUAUGGUUGCGCCCGAAGGAUUAUUUAAGCGCAAUUGUCAGGUCACGUUGACGCGAUAUGAAGAUAUGAGCAACGACUCUGGUAUCAAUAUUGACACAAUUGAAGAACCAUCACAUAUAGAAGAUUUUGAAAGUUCAUACCAGGAGACAACGCAGGCAUCUAGAGCGACCAAUGCAAGCAAAGUCCGCGAUAUCAACUUCAUCAGUCAAAAGAGACGAAGCAAAAUCCAGAAAAAUACUUCAGAAUUAGAAAUGGUGUUGACUCCUGCUCAAAUGAGUCAUCUACUGAUCAAAAUGGAUCAGCGAAGUAAGCGAACAGAAAAAAUGGUGAUAGAGAUUAAAAAUAAUCGUACUGCUGGAGUCUUUUCUCCUUCUGGACUUCAAUUAUUGAAGGACAAGCUUCCCACAAUGCCUUUCGACGAUUGGAGUGAACUUGUGAAAUUUGAGGAUAGCAUAGCUAGCGAUGAUGGGGCUUCUAUAAAGAACGAUUUGUUGGCAUUCCUACAAAUGGUACCUGGUACUUCAGUAUAUCAAACUGCCAAAAACAUGAUGGCUACUCUGAUAUCCAUACCGCUAUCCCAGCUAUGUACUUUUAAAGGAACAUCUGUUAUUCGUGACAAAGGAAUAUAGAAAAACAAAUUUUCUCAAUCUUGCCCAACUAUCUUGGCUUGCAUUAGUGCUGCCUGUUUAUCCCGACAUCACGAUAAAUACGACCCCAAUCAAUUCAAAGCGUCUUUACAAAAGUUUUUUAUUGAAUCUGGAGAUAAAAAUGGGGGCACAGAGAAAAGAAAGAGAAAAAUCAACGAAAAAAAAUUAGAAGGACAGAUUCAACAAAAAAAUCUCUCAAAAAAUUCAGCAAGUGACAUCUUUGAAUCGUCGGAGGAAGACGUGGAAUCAUCUGGAAAUGAAGCAGCCAAUUUCAGAAAAAACAAGAGGAACAAUUUUGAUUGUAUUAGUUCGUACUUUAGUUCAGGUUCAUCAGAUUCAGAUAGUUGAAUUCUAUGUCCAACAUCGCCGUGAAACAUGAAUCGAAAAAUAAACAAAUUGUGGACUGUAAA